UUAAUUUAUCUUCUAUUCUGCAGCAUCUUCAUGACUUCAACUCCCUCAUUGUUCAGGCCCACAGGGUUUUGAUUCCUGUAUAAUUAUGUAGUUAUGUCUCUGUUUCAGUGAUGUUGUUGUUCUUCCAGGUGUCUCAGUGACUGGUGGAGACCUGACCGUGGUGGAGGGACAUGAUGUUACUUUACCCUGCAAGAUGACUCAGGAGAAGAGAUUCACUCAGAUAUCAUGGAGGAGGAAGACCAGAGGAAUGCCUGGAAAUCCUUUUUUUUUCACCACUUCAGAAGAAAGCGGUCCGAGUUUUGUCGAUGAUCCUGAUCCUCGAAUCAGUUUCAUUGGACAUUUUGCAGAGAGGAAUGGAACUCUACAAAUAUCCAAUGUUUCGUUAAAUGAUGAAGGAAGCUACACGUGUAUUUUUUCUUUGUUUCCCAGUGGAACUUACAAGACAGAAAUACCUCUAGGAGUAGAAGUCCCUCCAGCUACAAGCCUCAACUCCACCCUUCUUGUUUUGGGAAAUGAAGAAGUUCUUCUUGCCACCUGCACAGCUGCUGCCUCCCGGCCCGCUGCGCAGCUGCGGUGGAUCACUGGCGCUCUUGGGAAGAGUUUAAGGGAAACGACCAGCGUCACAGAGCAUGAUAAUGGAACCACGACCACGGUGUCGUCGCUGUUUGGAGUGCCGAGGAGAGAAAUCAGCGGUCAUGAAGUGCAGUGUGUGGUCAACAGCUCGGCCCUGGCAGAAGAACACCGUGAGGCUUUCACCUUACAGGUCUUCUUUCCCCCCAUGAACGUGACCAUCGUAGAAACGUCAGACGACACCCUUGAAUGUGUUUCUGAGGGAAACCCAGAACCGAGCCUCAGGUGGACCAGAUCUGACAAGACUUUACCCGAGUCUGACUUCAGAGUUGAUGGUGGGAAGCUGACGUUUCUACGAUGCGCUUCUGAUCUGAAAGGCUUCUAUCAGUGUGAGGUUUCAAACCCAUACGGACAACAAAGCCAGCAGUUCUACUGGACUGUAUGUUCAGGAUCCAACCCUGCUCCUUGGAUCUUAUUUGGUUUUUCGUUUUUCCUGAACAUCAUCGGUGCAGUGUGGUACUUGUAUAAAUCUAGAUACAUUACAAGAUCCAGUGGGGUCCUCAGGGUUCCAAAUGAUUCCAACUCACCAGAAAUGGUACCAGGCACUGGGAGAGGAAGGGAUUCUUCUGGCUCACAUGAAAUGGUGAAGUUUAACCUGUCCCUCAGUGAUGUCUGCGGCUUCCUGAUGCAAGAAGCUGAAAGCAGGUUGACUGGAAGCUUGCUGUCGUUGUUUCUGUGGCUUUUAAUUGAUGUGAAAUUAAAAUCCGACUGUAGAGUUUGGCAACCUUUGAAAUUCUUGUGUAGCGAACAGCUCAAUGGUAGUUAUUCCCUAUUGAAACAAUAAUAUAAAAUAUGGUGAGUAAUUGGUCACCUGAAGUAAUACAGUAUCUGGUCAUCUUGUUUUAUUAGUGACCUUAAUCCUUUUCUAUCAAUAUUCGUUUGUGGAAUAUUCAGUUAAAGUAAGAAAGUCAGUGUGAGUCAUGCAUACCAUAACUCUUCAUAUCAAUAAUGCAGCACUGGUUCUUUUCUCGACCUGUUAAUCAUUUAUUAAUUACUGAGUACAUUGUAGUCGUAUAGGAGCCAGAAAGCAUGUGUCCAUUAGAGUAGAUUACAGCCUUUGUUUUAUUCAUUAAACAGUUUUGAUUAUUGUUUGAAUAAUUUAGACCGUAAAAUAACUUUCAACUGAAGUCUCACGGUAAUUUACCAAAUUAUUGAUGGAGAUUAUUAAAAGUAAUUUAACAGGUUAUCGUUGUUUAUUUGCCAAACUCUUCCUUUGCUGUGGCCACAGAGCAGGAAGUACAGCAGAUGUUUGCUUUGAAAACUUGAAGCUGUGGAUGAGUAGCUCCACACAAAGCAACGGCUUUAAUGUCCAACGUCUCCUGUUUGUGUGUUUUCAACAACUGAUUGUGUCUGAGAGCGUGAAGGCUUCAAGUUACAUCAACGUGUCAGACCUCCUUUUAUUUACAUGUUUGGUGCUUUGUAUAUUUCAAGCUUCUGAUUCAAUGUUCCUCUAAGUUAAAAGUUGGUCCAGAAUAUUUCAGUUUCAGCCGUCAUAGUGUGAAAGUGUUCCAAAGUUGUUCUGGUUUUCUGAUCUCAGACCUGCUGUUGAAUCACUCCAGCAUUUAUAUGUACUUUGACUUUCAGUCUUUUUAACCGGCUCAGCUAAAUUCCAAAGCCGUGCACCUUAACCUUCACCACAGGCUCCUCGUCCAACAGGACCUGAAUUGAUUAAAAUACUGUUUAAUUGUUAUCAGAUAAAUAAUUUUGUGCCUUUUUAUUCACGAUCGUCAGUAUUUGUACACAUGAUUCAAAUAGAUGUGCAUUAUGAAGGUUAAGCUAACCAACUUUUAACAUCACUGUCUACCUGAUCUGAAAACAUGUUUAUUUGAAAAGUAGUUUUUGUUUCUCCUGCUGUGUUUGAUUUGGAUGUGUUCAAUAUAUCAAAUAUAUCAAAAAGAGAAGCAGAUUUUAUCUGUUUUCUUAGGAGUAAAUCUUUUAUUUACUGACUUUACUGUUGCUCAUUCUGAUUAGAUGUGUUUGCAUUGUUGUCAUUUCGGAUUUUUUUUUUUUAAACUUUUUUUGAUCUUAUUCUUUUAAUCUUAUUUCUCUUGAAUUUCUUGUGAAAAUUUGAAGACUAUGAGUUGAAGUGUUCUCACUGCGCUAUACUGGAACUUGUCCACUUGAAUGUCAGUUAUACAUUAUGCAUACAUACAAAUCGCUUAACAAAGGAAAAGGAAAAGCAGCUGAACUUAGAUAAAGAAUUAAUGCAUGUAAUGCAAAUGAAAGGAGCAAAGCUUCAUGAGCACAGAAUCUUUCUGAAAAUUUCACAAUAAAUAGAUGUUUGACUGUUGCUUCAGCGUGAAUUUCCUCAGCCACAUGAUGGAGUAAAGGAUUUCCUGUUACAUCUGGUUAAACCAUUGUUUUAGUAGUCGUGCAUUCCUGUCAUUGCUGUUAAAACAGCAGAAAGUCUCCAAGUUUUUCACUUUACUGGUGGGGAAGUAAUCUCUGUGGAGAAGGCUGGAUCUUCAGGAUGGGAUUUUUACAAAGAGUCAUUAAUAU